UCUACCUCAGCGGCCGCCGGCUAAGUCACAAUUCCUGAAUCUGGGGUUCGGCCGCGCCUCCCCGCCGCUGUCGCACGCCUGGCCUGACGCCUGCGUCCGACUGGGCCCGAGCCGCCAGCUGACAGCCAUGACAGAUGAAGACAGAGGAUUGACCAGUAGGUCAUUGGUGGCCCUGACAAGGUCGGACUCCCUGGUGGUGUGCGAGGUGGACCCAGAGCUAAAGGAAAAGCUGAGGAAAUUUCGCUUCCGAAAAGAGACGGACAAUGCGGCCAUAAUAAUGAAGGUGGACAAAGACCGACAGAUGGUGGUGCUGGAGGAAGAGUUUCAGAACAUUUCUCCAGAGGAACUAAAAUCAGAGUUGCCAGAGAGACAGCCGAGGUUCGUGGUUUACAGCUACAAGUAUGUGCAUGAGGACGGCCGGGUGUCCUACCCCCUGUGUUUCAUCUUCUCCAGCCCCGUGGGCUGCAAGCCUGAGCAGCAGAUGAUGUAUGCGGGCAGUAAAAACAGACUGGUGCAGACUGCGGAGCUCACAAAGGUGUUUGAAAUCCGAACCACUGAAGACCUCACGGAGGCCUGGCUCCAAGAGAAGUUGUCUUUCUUCCGUUGACCUCUGGGCUGGGGACCGGAAUUCCUGAUGUUGGAAUUCCGGAAGAAACUGGGGAUUCUGACCCCUAAGGACCUGAACAUCUGAGACCCUGAAGAAAUUAAAAUGCAAGAACUCCAAGA